CUGAGGAGGCGAGGCUGAGUGUCUACACAUUAAAACCGAUAGUAUUGUUGAGUUUUUAACGAUUAUACAGGCAAUAAAUAAUGACUACGAUAGUUUAAUACAGUGAGUGACUAGGGAGGUUCGGUGCCAGGCAACAUCUGUUUUCUUCCGCGGUUACACUGCAAUCUUGGUUCCCGUGCGGUAAAGCAUACAUACAGAAUAAACAUCGCGAUGUAUCGGGCUAUAAGAAAAUUCGUGUUUACCGACUCGCAUUGCUUGGGGGAUGAAAGCGCGAAAACUUUCGCGGAGUUAUUUGACAAGUUGGAUGUGAAUAAAGAUGGGAAAGUGGAUGUGUCGGAGCUGAAGACGGGCCUGGCUGCCAUGGGCUUCUCUAUGGGGAAAGGAGAAGCGCAGAAAAUUGUUUCCUCUGGAGACACUGAUAAGGACGAGGGGCUGGACUUUGAAGAGUUUUCAAAGUACCUGAAAGAACAUGAAAAAAAACUCAUGCUGACAUUCAAGAGUCUGGACAAAAAUAAUGAUGGUCGCAUCGAAGUCCAAGAGAUUCAGCAGUCCCUUAAGGAGCUCGGCAUAAACUUGUCAGAUCAAGCUGCAGAAAAGAUCUUGCACAGUAUUGAUGUAGAUGGAACAAUGUCUGUGGACUGGAAUGAGUGGAGACAACAUUUCCUCUUUAACCCAGCAGAUGACCUUCAAGAGAUCAUACGCUAUUGGAAACACUCCACUGUGUUGGAUAUAGGUGAUAGUUUAACUAUUCCAGAUGAGUUCACCGAAGAAGAGAAAACCACAGGCAUCUGGUGGAGGCAGCUGUUCGCUGGGGGCGUGGCAGGGGCGGUCUCUCGAACAGGCACCGCCCCUCUGGAUAGAAUGAAAGUCUUCAUGCAGGUUCAUGCCUCAAAAACGAACAAUAUCAGUCUUGUUAGCGGAUUCAAGCAGAUGAUUAAAGAAGGGGGCGUGGCCUCAUUGUGGAGAGGGAAUGGAGUCAACGUCAUAAAAAUUGCUCCAGAAACUGCUAUCAAGUUUAUGGCUUAUGAACAGUAUAAGAAGCUGCUGACAAAAGAGGGUGGGAAAAUCCAACCUCAUGAAAGGUUUAUGGCCGGAUCUCUAGCAGGAGCGACCGCUCAGACAGCCAUCUAUCCAAUGGAGGUGCUGAAGACCAGACUUACUCUGAGAAAGACCGGACAGUAUUCUGGGAUGUUUGACUGUGCCAAGAAGAUUAUGAAGAAAGAGGGAGUGAAGGCUUUCUACAAAGGCUACAUUCCCAAUAUUCUAGGGAUUAUUCCUUAUGCAGGAAUAGAUUUAGCAGUGUAUGAGACGCUCAAGAAUACCUGGUUGGCACGCUAUGCUAAAGACACCGCCAACCCAGGAAUACUGGUGCUACUUGGCUGUGGAACCAUUUCUAGCACAUGUGGCCAGUUGGCCAGUUACCCCCUCGCCCUGAUCCGCACACGCAUGCAGGCCCAGGCGUCUUUGGGAUCAGAGCAGGUGUCCAUGUCCAAGUUGGUGCAGACUAUCCUUAAAAAGGAAGGAUUUUUUGGACUGUACCGUGGGAUUUUGCCUAACUUCAUGAAGGUCAUUCCUGCUGUGAGCAUCAGCUAUGUGGUGUAUGAGUACAUGAGGUCUGGAUUAGGCAUUUCUAAAUGAUGUAUCUCUAUGUAUGUGAGAGAGGAGUGUGUGUCUGUGUGUGAAGUCUUGCAUGUGUUUACACGCGCACCAAAAACCAAAGCAUAUCUGUCCAAAAUAUCUCCAUAAUGGUGUUUUACACUGAGAUUGGUGCAUCGAAAAUAGUUCCUGUUUACAUUUUAUUCAUUUUUUUUUUUGUCACAUUGUUUGUUGAUGCUUUAGAUAUAUAUUAAAGCACCAGCUAAGACUUUUAUGACCCUGUAUGCUUAUCAGGAUUAGAAUCACUCUUGAAAUAAUACAUAAACCAAAGUAUUAUUGCAUUCACACUUAAACAGGGACUAUUGAAAUAAAUAAAUAAAUAAAUAAAUAAAAUUAAAUAUCCCUGUUUUUUAUAAUUUACAUUGUUAACUUCGUUUCCACUUAGUUAUUUGUACAAACAAGGGCAACAGUCCAGAUUGUGCUGUCUGUACUUUGGAUGGGAGAUGGGUGUGAUAUCAGUUAGUGGGUUCAUAAUUUUGUCAUUUUAUUACAUGUCAGACAAUGAAUUGUUUUGCACACUACGAAACAAAGAGAUGUGCCUUAUAAUUUGUUUUACAUGCGGGUUCCCUCGACACUGUACAUUGGGUGUAACGUGUGGCCUUUUAUCCUCAAUGCUUUGCUGUUUAGAAACUCCUGUUUAUAUUAAAGGUUGUAUUUUAAUA